AUUUUACAAACUCUAUUACACUUUAAUUCAUUUUUGUAUUGUUUGUUUAUAUAUAUGUUUGUUAGUGUGCGUUUAUUUUUCCUAUCUAAGUGACUGUUGUCAAUUGUACAUACAUAUCUUCUAAUUAUCAACCGAUAUGUAGUCCAAAAUCUCAAUUGUAUAUAUUCAGGUAUAUAUAUAUAUACACACAGUAAUCGGUAGGAAAAGUAGUUUCAACUUGUAAACCGAUCUAUUGGACACUUGGUAUAUUUCUCUGUUGAUCUCUCAUUUCCGUGUUAAUCUGAUUUACUUUUCCCCAAACGUAUUUAAUAUCUAUUAAUUAAUUCUGGAAAUAAUAUCAACAAAUUGAUUAUACAUAAUAUAACCAUCUUUGAGGAGAUAGAGUGAGACACAGAAAGAGAGAGAGACAGCAAGCGAUAGAGAAAUUGAGAUUUUUUAAAUAAUGCGGAUUAAAAUAUUAUGCAAUUUACCAAACUAUACAUCUUAUCAUAAUCUUAUAUAUCUUCUGAUAUUACUUAUAUGCAUACUGUGCUGUACAGUCAGUUUAGUCUCAAGUGAACGAGUUGUACGUAUUCGAAGACAAGAUGAUGGUGUAUUAGAUGAAGAUAUUUCAGCGAGUGGUGGAGACGAUGAUAUACCAGAAACUACUCCAAUACCAUCAAGUGUCAAAGGUCCUGGACCAUUUUUGCAACCAAAUAUAGUAACAGGUCCUCGAGGAGCUCCAGGUGAACCUGGUCCACCUGGACCAUCAGGACCUAUUGGACCACCAGGAAAAAUUGGUGAACCCGGGCCACCAGGACCAGCUGGCGAAGAUGGUGCACGUGGACCACCAGGUCCAUCUGGUGAUCCAGGACUCGAUGGUAAACCAGGUAUAGAUGGUGAACCUGGUCUACGUGGAACUCCAGGUCCACCAGGACCAGUUGGUCCAAUGGGUUUAAUUGGAUCUACAGGUCCACCAGGUCCAAUGGGUAUACCUGGUCUUAAAGGUAUAAAAGGUUCCCCAGGUAUUGAUGGACCAAUGGGUGAACGAGGUGAAGUUGGUCUUCCAGGUCCAUUUGGUCCACCUGGACCUAAAGGACCACUUGGAUUACCUGGUGCUCAAGGCCCAGUCGGUCAAAUGGGUACACAAGGACCAGAUGGAUUUCCCGGGCUUAUAGGUUCUAUGGGUCCUCAAGGACCUCCAGGACCUUCUGGAAUGAUUGGACCAGUUGGUUUAAAAGGCGAUGAAGGACUUCAAGGUGCACCAGGUUCUCUGGGCGAUCCUGGUGAUCCAGGUUUAGAUGGAAGUCCAGGAGCUGAUGGUGAACCUGGACCGAUGGGUCCUACUGGUAAGGAUGGACCGCCAGGAUUGAAAGGUGAAAGAGGAAUUCCAGGCCCUAUGGGACCUCAAGGAACUCCUGGCCCAAGAGGAUUGUCUGGGGGACCAGGUUCACAGGGGACACCCGGAGAGAAAGGGGCUGAAGGAGCUCCAGGUCCACAAGGACCAACAGGUCCAGCUGGACCAAUGGGACCACCUGGAGAGCCUGGCGAUAGAGGGCUAUUCGGUCCAAUGGGAGAUAUAGGAAAGCCUGGUCCACGAGGUCCACCAGGUGAAACUGGACCGAAAGGAGACACAGGGGUGAUUGGUGCUCAAGGGAUGCCUGGAAAUCCUGGAUUAGAUGGACUACCUGGAAUACCUGGAGAAGCCGGUAGUGAUGGAGAAAUGGGAAGACAAGGUAUGCCUGGUCCACCGGGAUUACCUGGGCCAUCCGGACGAGAUGGUGAACCUGGUCCGAGAGGUUUUCCAGGUUCAAAGGGUCAAGAUGGCUCUCAAGGUGUGCGUGGAGUGAUAGGACCAAGAGGCCCUUCAGGAAAGGAUGGGGAUGAUGGUGAAAUGGGUCCGGCAGGACCACCAGGACCUGCAGGACCACCUGGCCCAUCUGGACCACCGGGUGUACGUGGUGGUCGAGGCUCAUCUGGUGAACCAGGUGAUCCAGGUCCUUCAGGUCCACAAGGUAGUCGUGGUGCAACUGGUGCUCGUGGGCGUCGUGGGAAAGUUGGAGUUGCUGGUAGUCCUGGAAGUAUUGGCGGUAUCGGAGAUAGAGGUCCACCUGGUCCGAUUGGACCACCAGGUCAACCUGGUCCUAUUGGACAACCAGGCCAACCAGGUGGUAAAGGUCCAACUGGAAGAGAUGGAAAACAAGGCACAGAUGGAAAGCCAGGAACUCAAGGCCAAGUUGGUCUACCAGGCCCAAUUGGUGAACGUGGUGCUGCUGGUGAAGAUGGUGAACAAGGUUAUCCCGGUGUACAAGGUCCCAAAGGUGAAGUUGGUUCACAAGGCAUACCUGGACGUACUGGACCAGCUGGUCCACCAGGAGUUCGAGGUGGUUCGGGUCAAAUGGGUUUAAGAGGAACAAAAGGUCCACGUGGUCCACCUGGAGAAGAUGGACCACCUGGAAAAGACAGUGCACCUGGUGAACCAGGACCACCAGGUGAACCAGGUCCAAGAGGACCAAUUCAAGUUCAAGGUUAUGAUAAUGGUAAAGUUGUCGGUCCACAAGGAGCAAAGGGUUUACCAGGAUAUCCUGGACCACGUGGAAGACCAGGAAUACCAGGAGCUCCUGGUGAUCCGGGACCUAUUGGAGAAGCAGGAGUACCAGGUGAAGACGGUCCACCCGGUCCUGAUGGUCCACGUGGAAAAGAUGGAAUUGAUGGAGCACCUGGCCGACCAGGAAAAUCAGGUAAACCUGGUCAGUCUGGAGCUGUUGGAGCCCAAGGACCACCUGGAAAACCUGGAGAUGCUGGAUAUGCUGGUCCACCAGGACCAUCGGGAAUUCCUGGCCCUUCUGGUGAACCCGGCCUACCUGGAAUAGAUGGUAUUAACGGAACUGCUGGUGCCCAAGGAGCUCCUGGCAAUCCAGGUGCACAAGGAGCACGUGGUGCUGCUGGGCCUCCAGGAGUUGAUGGCACUAAAGGUCCACCUGGUGAUGAAGGACCAACUGGUCCGAGAGGUCAAGCUGGUCCAAGAGGAACUCAAGGAAAAGAUGGACUUCCUGGACUUCAGGGGAAAAUGGGUGCUCCUGGAAGACCAGGGGCAAGAGGAUCAGCUGGGGUUAUGGGAGUCCCAGGACCACAAGGGAAGAUAGGACCUGCAGGAAAAGAAGGACCAGAAGGACCGUCUGGUCCUGUUGGACCACCUGGGCCACCAGGGACAGAUGGAGAAGUAGGCGGUGUAGGGCCAGUGGGAGAAGCUGGGUCCCCAGGACAACAAGGUCUUCCUGGAGAACGCGGACUUCAGGGUCCACCAGGUCCUGGAGGAGAACCAGGCCCACCGGGGCCUAGUGGUCCUUUAGGAAUACCAGGACCAGACGGACCAAGUGGACCCAGAGGUGAAGUAGGUGAUCCUGGUGUAGAUGGUGCGCCAGGGGGAAAAGGCGAAGAUGGACAACCUGGACUUCCUGGACGACCUGGAAAAGAUGGAUCCCCAGGAAGGCAAGGGAAGUCUGGACCACAGGGCCACAAAGGUUGGACAGGCCCUCCAGGUGACCCUGGUCUUCCUGGCAUAGCUGGACAACCUGGUCAACCAGGACUUCGAGGAUAUCGUGGACUUUCUGGCUUACCGGGAGAAGUCGGACCUGUCGGUGCCCCAGGACCUCAAGGUGAGGCUGGAUUCGUUGGCGAACCAGGUCCUCCUGGUGGACCUGGACCUAUUGGAAGAGAUGGACCAAGGGGACCUCCCGGACAUAUGGGAAGUGAAGGACCACCUGGACCUCCUGGGCCUCCAGCUAUGAGUUAUGGAAAGAUGUAUGGAGAUCAAAAAGGCAUCACUUUAGAAAUGCCCAAUGGUACACGCAGUUUUCCAGCAAGAUCAUGUAAUUACUUAUCGCGUACACAUCCAAGAUUACCAGAUGGUGAAUAUUGGAUUGAUCCUAAUGGAGGCUCAAAUAAAGAUGCUGUUAAGGUAUUCUGUCGAUUGAGCUCGGGUGAAACGUGUUUCUCGCCUUUAACUUCUUCCUAUCAACAACAACAACAAAACAAUAAUACCGAUACAUACAAAAAGAAAUAUUCUGAUCAACAAGAUAUUUGGUUUAGUCAGUUAUAUGACGAAAAACAGUUUACCUAUAAUAUGGAAAUGAAUCAAAUCAACUUUUUGCAACUGUUAUCAUCGAAAGCUAAUCAACAAUUAACAUUGGUAUGCAAUAAGAUUAUUUUCAGUGAUGAAAAUCUGCCACGUUUAUUUACAAACAAUAAUAAGGAAUUAACACAAAAUGGAGCGAUUCUUCGUUAUAAUUUACUGGAAAACGGUUGUCAGUCAACAAAAUCUACAUUUGGAAAGAUAACAAUUGAAGUGAAUACACGACCGCAUCGUUUACCAUUACGUGAUAUAAUUUUACCAAAUGCUAUUGAUUCACAACAAAUUCUUGGUUUGGAAUUGGGCAGAGUAUGCUUCCAGUAGGAAAAUACAACAUUUAUACUUAACAAUAUUGAUAAUAAUGAUUAUGAUGAUGUUAAUUACUGUGUAUGAGUCUUCUAAAUUUCUAUAAAUUAAUAAAUAAAGUACAAUGUAUGAAAUAUUAUUACCAUUUUCAAAACUAUAAUUAGAUUGAUAAACAUUUCUUCACCAAGAUUUUGUGAUUAUUUAUGCUUAAUACUACUAAAUGCUAAUGUCUAUCCCACUGGCUACAUCACACGAUUGAUCAAUCACCACUACUGACUACAUAUCGUUCAUAUUGAUAACGACUCGAAAAGACAGAUUAGUGAUAUCCACUUCACUCAUCAGUGAAGUAAUUAAACUGAUUCAUUUCAAAAAAUCAAAUCAGUUUUACAUAUCACUUUUAUUUAUCAACUUUGAUCUUAACUAAUGAGUUGUGGUUCAGUUUUCAGUUAUACAAUCUAAAAGUAUGAUUAUCGACAGACUACGUACUUCACCUACAGUCAUGUGGUCACUUUUUUUAAGCCGUUUAACAUAAUUCAAUUGUGCAAAAUAAAUAAUAUCUUCAGCCGUAACAUGCAGGUAUACAGAAGUUAAAUAUUUCUAAUAAUUGUGAA